AUUGACCCACCUAUCCAUGAUCGAAGUUUGCUAAAAGCAAGUGGUAACCCUUCAACAUAUGUUCCUUACGAAUAUUUUGUAAUGAAACCGACUGAAAAUAUUUUUUCAAACUCACGAAAGUUACCUAUAAAAUUGUCCUUAACUACCAAAAUUUUCCGCUUUAGUCAAGAUGAUCUUAAGAGGUUACGUGAUUAUUAUUCUGCUGGUAUUCCUAAUGGGAGUUGGAUUUCAACAAAUGAUGCACUUGUAGCCCACUUUUGGAGAACACUCACUAGAGCUCGAAAUCUUGAUUUAAACACUGAAGUAUUUUGUAGCAUUGCUCUUAAUGGACGUGAUAGAUUAAAUCCACCUAUUCCAGAAAGUUAUUGUGGAAAUGUUGUUUUGUAA